GCAUGCAAUGCAAGUGGUGUCCUUUGGUCCUCAAGCCAUAGCACACAUAUAUAGAUAUGGAAACCUCCUGAUCCAUUUCUUGCUGUUUCAUUGCUCAGUUUCGUAUUUCUGCCCCCUCCUUAUUGGGUUUCAUCCUUACACCAAGGCGGUCAACUGAAGUAUAUAUAAGCUAUGGAGCUUUACCCUGGAUACCUUGAAGACCGUUUCAGCUUCCACAAACACAGAGGAGGAGGAGGAGGAGGAGGAGCUCCCGGCGGCGGCAGGUACAUGCCCACGGUGGCGGAGUCGUCGUCCUCCAUGGGGGCCAUCUACGAGCGCCGCCACCAACACCACCCGCUCCACGGCGCCUGGGCCGGGUACAUGCCCUCGCCGCUCUCUGGGCCGCCAGGCGUCCACGAGGCCGCGGCCGCAGCGGUGCGCGCCAUGGACUUGACCGACCCCAAGUUCGAGCCCCCUUCGCAGCCGCUGGAACAACAAGAACAAGAAGAAGAAGAAGACCACCAUGCCCUCGCGCUCCCGCUGCCAGAGUCGCCGGACAGCUCCGACCACGACCCCGCCAGGCCCAGAGACAAGAUCCGGAAGACCCGGAGGCUCGCGCAGAACAGAGAGGCCGCCCGCAAGAGUCGCCUGCGCAAGAAGGCCUACAUCCAGAACCUGGAGACGAGCCGGAUGAAGCUGGCGCGCAUGGAGCAGGAGCUCGCCAUGGCCAGGCAACAGCACGUCCUCUGCUUCGGCCGCGCCGGCACCAGCACCAGCAGCCCUGUUGGUCGUCUGCCACUGCCACCAUCCUUCAAUCCAGGCGUGGCGGCGUUCGAGAUCGAGUACGCGCGGUGGGUGGAGGAGCAAGGGCGGCAGACGGCGGAGCUCCGGGCGGCGCUGCAGCUGCUGCAGCCGGACCCGACCCGGCUCCGGCUGCUCGCGGAGGCCGCGCUGGCGCACUACGACCGGCUGUUCGAGGCCAAGUCGGCGGCGGCGAGGCGCGACGUCUUCUUCGUCAUGUCCGGCGCCUGGAGGUCCCCGGCCGAGCGCUUCUUCCUCUGGAUCUCCGGCUUCCGCCCCUCCGACCUCCUCGCCGUCCUCUCCCCGCACCUCCAGACGGAGCUCCACGACGCCGACCAUUCGCCGGCGCUGGCGCCGGCGCUGACGGAGGCGCAGGCGGAAGAGGUGGCGCGGCUGCGGCGGACGUCGAGGCAGGCCGAGGACGCGCUCUUCCACGGCCUCGUCACGCUCCGGCAGGCCCUCGCCGAGUCGCUCCUGGCGCCGGCAAUGGCGGCCACGGCGGAGACUCAGCAGGAAGUAAGCUUCGAUUCCGGCUACGGCGGCGGCGAUGGCGGCGAGAUGGGGGGCGCCAUGGGGAGGCUGGAGGAGCUGGCGGGGUUCGUGGAGCAGGCGGACCACCUCCGGCAGCAGACGCUGCGGAACAUGUACCGGAUCCUCACGCCGACGCAGGCGGCGAGGGGGCUCCUCGCGCUCGGGGAGUACUUCCACCGCCUCCGAUCGCUCAGCGAGCUCUGGGUCAAGCGGCCGCGCGAGCCGGCCUAGUUGUCAUUAAGCUCUGCUCUGCUCCCGCAAACGGCUCGUACGUCGCCGUGGAGAUGGAAGACGAAGUGGAUUUCGGUUCAGCUCUGCAUUCGUAGUAUCAGAGGAAGGAAGGAUCCGAGACACGUGUGAAUAUACACUGGGUUGGUUGCUUUGGGGUAAUUAUCAAUCUAGCCUUGUUGUGAUUACCUACAGUAGCGUUGUUGUGCUUGUAAUUAUCAAUCUAGCCUUGGGGUAAUUAUGUUUGCUGCCAUUUUGCACUCGA